GCGGCUCAGACAGAGGCCAGGCAGUUUCCGGUAGAAACCGGAAAGCCAUGGAGUACGGGCCCGUUCUAGGCCUAAGCAUCUCUGUAGCUACCGCCGCGGGUGGAAGUAGGGAAAGAGCUUCGGUGCGAAACCGGAAGAAACGUGUUGCGUUGUUAAAAACCCUACUGUGUUUCGUUCUUGACCUCGUCAGCUGCCUUACGUUUAUCUCAGAGACAAAAAAUAUCUCACGCUGCCGGUUGAUCCUACUGGGGCAGCAUGAAAAAAGAGCUAUUCGGGGAGGAGGGGAAGAGUUUGCGCCCCGCAUAUGGUGGCGAAGGAGGUCCAAUGUAAUUCGGAAGUGGUGGUUGUGCGUCCUGAUGCUCCCCGUCGUGACUUCUCUCUACAGACUGGGAUUCUAACAGGGAGAGAGAGAGAGAGAGAGGCGCGCGCGUGGAACCGUCUGGGUCGUCGCCGUCAUGAGCCGCUUCAAGUUCAUUGAUAUUGGUGUUAACUUAACAGAUCCUAUGUUCAGAGGGAUAUACAGAGGGACUCAAAAGCAUCAAGAUGACUUCCUAGAUGUAGUGGACAGAGCAGUCAAGACUGGUGUAAAAAAGUUCAUGAUUACGGGCGGAAGUUUACAAGAUGGUAAAGAGGCCCUGCAGCUGGCGCAAACAAAUGACAUGUUUUACAGUACUGUCGGCUGCCACCCCACCCGCUGCGCAGAAUUUGAUCAGAGCAACCCUGACCAGUACUUAGCAGAGUUGCAAAGCCUAGCUGAGAAAAACAAAGGGAAGGUCAUCGCCAUUGGGGAGUGCGGUCUGGAUUUUGACAGACUGGAAUUCUGCCCUAAAGACACCCAGCUCAAGUAUUUUGAAAAGCAAUUUGAUCUUUCUGAGCAAACAAAACUACCAAUGUUCCUGCACUGCAGAAAUGCACAUCCAGAAUUCUUAGAUAUCAUGAGACGGAACAGAGAGAGGUGCGUGGGAGGAGUGGUACAUUCUUUCGAUGGCACCAAAGAAGCAGCAGCAGCUAUAAUCGAUCUGGAUCUCUACAUAGGAAUAAAUGGCUGUUCGUUGAAAACAGAAGCCAACUUAGAAACGGUGAGGUCAAUUCCAAAUGAAAGAUUAAUGAUAGAAACAGAUGCUCCUUGGUGUGGAGUGAAAAACACCCAUGCUGGAUCAAAAUAUGUAAAAACCAUAUUUCCUACCAAGAAAAAGUGGGAAGCCGGACACUGCCUAAAGGACAGAAACGAACCAUGUCAUAUAACCCAAAUACUGGAAAUAAUAGCAGCGGUACGGGAAGAAGAUCCGCUUGAACUGGCCAAUACGAUGUAUAACAACAGUAUUAAAAUCUUCUUUCCAGAUAUGUAAAGUUUUAUGUAUUGUUCUAAAGCCUAAUUUUAUUACCUGAAAUAAAGUUUCCCCUGCAA